UACAUAUUCAAAAAUAUCAAGAAGCCAUACUUCUCUCUGGUCAUGGAUUCGAAUGAGUGUCCAUCCUUACCUCUCGAACUAUGUGAGGAAAUACUUUGUAGAGUUCCAACUAAAUCUCUUAUGCGAUUCAAGUUAGCAUGCAAACGAUGGCUCGCUCUUUUCAAUGACAAGAGAUUCGUCAACAAGCACUUGGCUCUCGUCGAGGAGCACUUCAUACGGAUCAAUAGUGAUCGCAAGGUUACAAUCAUCAGUCCCAUGACCAGAGCUUGCUCAUCUUUUCCACUCCCAUACGAAUUUCAAGCUACACCUGAUAUCUAUACUAUGAUUCACUGCGAUGGCUUGUUGCUAUGCAUCUUAGAGUCCUCUGCGAUGGCAGUUUGGAAUCCAUGUUUGAAUCAAGUUCGAUGGAUCAAGCCCGAGAGUUCUUAUUCCAUUAACUGUUUCUACGGUGGUAUUGGAUACGAUGGUCUAUCUCAAGAUGGUGGCUACAAAAUCUUGAGGUUUGGCGACAGAGAUAUCUUUAGAAAUCAGUACACAAACACAGUGGUUGUUGAUAUAUACGAGCUCAAAUCCAAUUAUUGGAAAAAAUAUAAAGUUUCUUUGGAUUGGCACGUGGUUAAAACUUGUAGAGGAGUGUCACUCAUGGGAAACAUGUAUUGGAUUGCUAAAUGGAAUCAAGCUGGCUUUUUCAUCCAAAGUUUUAAUUUCUCUACCGAGACAUUCGAGCCCUUGGCCUCUCUUCCCUUUGACUAUGGUGCAUAUGAUGUUCACAACUUAUCAGCUUUCAGAGGAAAUAAUCUUUCUUUGUUAGUACAAAACAAAGAAACUGAGAAGAUCGAAGUAUGGGUUACAAACAUGGGCAAGAAGGGUGUGAUAAUAUCGUGGACCAAGUUCUUUAGUGUGACUAGACCUGACCGCCCGGUGUUUCGUGCUUGUGAAGGUAUUGCUACUAAGGUGCAUUUUAUUGACAAGAAGAAUAGGGUUGUCGUAUGUUGUGAGGAAGUAACAGUAGAUGAAAGGUGCGUAAGUGUUAAUAUCUAUCUUUUUGGAGAGGGUGAGAUAGAAAAACAAGAGAUAGAACUACAUAAACGAGGUUUUAGCUGGCCUUUUGUCUCCGGCUAUGCGUAUCUUCCAAGUCUUGUUCCGGUGUAACAUAGGAGCACAAAACGAUUGAAGCUUUGAAAGUUGUUCCGUGAUGUAUGUUUUUAUUAUAAAUUUUAUAAACUCAAGUUUUUUUGAAUAUUUUAUUACUUAAGUCAUAUGAUAUUAUCGUCUAAUGCAAUAUAUUGGACCAUUUAUGGUGAGCAAAACUUUGACUAGUGCCAUGGACAAAAUAUAUGUAAAUUUUUGUUUAAUUAGUUAUCCAUUUUGAUUUGAACCGAAAAAUCUGGAUAUCCGUAUUCGUAAAUAUCCAUAUGAAACGAAUCGAAUCACAAAUACUAAUAUUCUUUGAAACGGAUAUCCGAUCCGAUCCGUUCUAUGCAUAUAUAUACAUAUUUAAAAAAAUUAUAUAUAACUUAUAUCAAUAUAUAUUUUAUAUAAAUUUUACAUAUUUUUAUUUAUUAAAGUUAUUAUAUUAGUU